AUGUCUUCAUUAUUGCAGAAUGAAUUAUACUCUAAAUGGUUUUCGGCAUUGGAUUCAGCAAGACAUAAGCUUCUUGCUAUCAGACGACAAAAAGGAAUUGAGGAAGUGAAACGAAAGGGAAUUAUUAUUGACAGAGAAGUAUCACGUAGAACUCAUCUUGAAUUUAGUGAAAGUGAACCAAGGGUUUCUGCUAAAUACCGUUUAAUCAAUGGAAAAAUUGAAGCCUACGAAAUACCUCUCAACCCUCAUGGGUUAGCACAAGGAAAGUUAACUGCUAUUAUGGAUAACUGGAAUGAUCAGUUGCUUGUCAUUAGUAAUUUGGAUGUUAUUGUGGGUACAAGAAACGUCUAUCGUCACGAUAUAAGUGUUCAACCAAGGAAUCGUCAACAACCUCAAUCAUCACAAGCAGUCAAUUCAUCUAGAAAACCAUAUCCAACUCUAGUGGUGGAAAUUGCCGAUAUGGAAACCAUCAAGUUAUUCUCACUUCGUCAGAAUGGUUCUGUUGCACUUCUUGCGCUGCUUUACUUGCGUAACAAUCCAAAUACAACAAUCCCUGUAAUUGCUAAGUCUUUCGGAACAGUACCUCGUCACCAUUACCCACAAACAUAUCUUCUAAAUACUGUACAUGUUACAGGCAUUACUGGUGUCGGAUUUGGAGGGUUCCUUGUGAUGGUGCCAAUCUUCAAGAAUAUCAAAUGGCUAUUGCUUUUUAAUGGUGUCCCUGGUGGUGUACCAGAUAACUUUACUGUAGAUCUAUGGAGAUUGCAAGAUGUAGUUCUGAAUG